AUUAAUAUUGCGCCAAGUUUAGUAUGCGUUCACGCAGCAGAAGUCGCAGCCGUCGUCGGCGAAGCAGAUCCGAUUCAAGGAAUCGAAAUCGAUCGGAAAAAAGGAUCAGUACUCGUCAGCGGUCGAUUUCCAGAGAGAGGGAACUUCACAAGGCAAGGCCGUCAAGGCGAUCGAGGGAAAAGGAAUCACCUCCGAGGCGUCAACGCUCCCGCUCGCCCUCUUCCAGUUCAGAUAGUUCUGGAAGCGACAGCAGUCCCUCCAGAAGUGGCUCCAGGCGGCGAAAGUCCAGACCUAAAUCCGUGCAGCGAUGGCCUAAUGAUAGGUACCACGACAGCAACGACCGACGACAGAAUCCUUUUCGAGGGCAGACAGAGAGAAGCUAUAUCAACGACCCUGCGGAACCGUCUGACAGAUCCCACCACAGAGGCAGAGGAGGCGGUGGCCAUCAUCCCAGGGGCGACUCCAAGCUUGUCAUCGCGCGUAGGAACCAUAGAGUGAAAAUCGCCGAAGAGGGAGUGCCAGAUGUCUGGGGCAAGAGUCCCUCUCGGCCAGAGAACGAAGAUGUGGAGCUGGUUAAGGGAUCCUAUAUAGGACCCAAGAAAAAGAAAAAGAAGGACAAGGGAAAAUCCAAGAAAUCCGAUAAGAAAUCGAAGAAAAAAGGCAAGAAAUCUAAAAAGAAAAAGAGCAAAAGGGCGUCCAGCUCUGAGGACUCGUCUAGUUCCAGUUCGAGCAGCGAGGACAGCAGUGAUGACACCACCAGCUCCAGUUCUAGCUCGGAAGACGAGUCAGAGACCGAGGAGGAGGAUGUGUGGCUAGAGAAAACCGCAGAGGGAAUCAGAAAAUCCAAAAAGAAGAAAUCCUCCAACAGCAAGAAAGACAAAAAGUCCAAAAAGAAGAAAAAGAAGAGAAAGUCGGAAAGGGAAGAAAAAGCCAAGAAGAGUUCCUCGUCCUCCAGCAAGUCGAAAAUCAAGAAUGGGGCUCCCCAUAACGAUGAGGAUGUGGGUCCGUCUUUGCGUACCGGCGGCAGCCUGAAUCAGAAGGACUUUGGCAGGGCUCUGCUGCCUGGAGAAGGUGCCGCCAUGGCUGCAUACAUUGCUGAGGGUAAGAGGAUUCCCCGGCGUGGUGAGAUUGGACUGACUUCCGACGAAAUCGCCAAUUUCGAGUCCGUCGGCUAUGUGAUGAGUGGUAGUAGGCAUCGCCGCAUGGAGGCUGUGCGUAUACGUAAGGAGAACCAGCUGUACUCCGCCGACGAGAAGAGGGCACUGGCCAUGUUCAGCAAGGAGGAGCGUCAGAAGCGGGAGAACAAGAUCCUAUCGCAGUUCAAGGACAUGAUCCACUCCAAGCUGCAGGCCAAGGACAAAAAGUAAAAAGAAAGUCUGUCUUAUUUUAGGCAUGAUGGCCGCUGAUUUAAUUUGCAUAAUAAAAUAUUGUAAAGAUCACGAAUAAAUGAAACGUCUUUAUAUUAAAAUUUAAAAAAAUCAAGUAGUUUUCUUAAAAACCUACUGCUUUAAAAAGUCAAGCACCCUGUAUUCCAAUAUUGGCAUUCCAAUGACAACUCAAGACUGGUCACACUUCUGAAAUGUCCGAUAAAACGUGGGGUUGAAAAACCUUUGCCAAAUGUGUGCCAAUUUUGAAAUUGAACCCAAAGAUUGCAUCAUUUGCGGUUACAUACAUGCCGGGUCUUGUUUUUCUCUAAUCAUUAGUCAAAUUCCAUACCACCGAGUGCCAUUUUUUAGUUAAUUCGCGAAUGGUAGGUGCAAAAAAAAGUACCAGCGCGUGAGCGAGACAACAAUAGGCGAACAGGCGAGCAAAACAAAGUGCCACUAACCGGCGGUAGAUAAGCAGCGUAGCAAGAAGAAGAGCCGUGCCAAACAAACGAAUGAUAAGCACGCCGAAUACAAUUGAAAAAUACAUUAAGACCCAACAAACACACACACAGCCACACAAGAGGAACA